AUGGAUGAAGAUGAGAAAGACAGGGCAAAGAGGGCUUCACGUAACAAGUCUGAGAAGAAGAGGCGAGAUCAGUUCAAUGUUCUCAUCAAAGAGCUCAGCUCCAUGCUUCCAGGCAACACCCGCAAAAUGGACAAAACUACUGUGCUGGAAAAAGUCAUUGGCUUUCUGCAGAAACACAAUGAAGUCUCAGCACAGACGGAGAUUUCUGAAAUUCAGCAGGACUGGAAGCCUUCAUUUCUCAGCAACGAAGAAUUCACCCAGCUGAUGUUGGAGGCAUUAGAUGGCUUCAUUAUAGCAGUAACCACAGGUGGAAGCAUCAUCUAUGUGUCUGACAGCAUCACACCUCUUCUAGGGCAUUUACCGUGUGAUGUCUUGGAUCAGAAUUUGUUAAAUUUCCUCCCAGAACAAGAACAUUCAGAAAUUUAUAAGAUGCUUUCUUCUUGUAUGCUUAUGACGGAUUCUGCCUCAUCGGAUUACCUAAAAACUGACAAUGAACUAGAGUUUUAUUGUCAUCUUCUGAGAGGAAGUUUGAACCCAAAGGAAUUUCCAACAUAUGAAUACAUAAAAUUUGUAGGAAAUUUUCGGUCUUACAGCAAUGUGCCUAACUCCACUUGCAAUGGCUUUGAUGAGGCUGUGCCAAGGGCUUACAGAACAUCCCCAGGAAAGCAGAUCUGCUUCGUUGCGACUGUUCGUUUGGCAACGCCUCAGUUUUUAAAGGAGAUGUGCAUCGUGGAAGAACCUCUAGAGGAAUUCACAUCAAGACACAGUCUGGAGUGGAAAUUUUUAUUCCUGGAUCACAGAGCACCGCCGAUUAUAGGAUACUUGCCUUUUGAAGUGCUGGGUACUUCUGGCUACGACUAUUACCAUAUAGAUGACCUAGAGCUGCUAGCAAGGUGCCACGAACACUUGAUGCAGUUUGGCAAGGGGAAGUCGUGCUGCUAUCGGUUUCUGACCAAAGGACAGCAGUGGAUCUGGCUCCAGACCCAUUACUAUAUCACCUACCACCAGUGGAACUCCAAGCCAGAGUUCAUUGUGUGCACACACAUGGUGGUAAGUUAUGCAGAUGUUCGGGUGGAGAGGAGACAGGAGAUGGGCUUGGAAGAAGUGUCCUCAGAGGUUGUGUCCUCAGCACUAAAGGACAGUGGCACCAGCUUGGAUCCUGAACAGCACUUUAAUGCACUUGAUAUUGGUGCCUCAAUCCUCAGCGCUAGUCGGACACCCUCAGUAUCAUCCAGGAGCUCACCCAAAUCUUCCCACACCCCCAAGUCAGACCCAGCAUCUACACCAACAAAGCUGAUUGCCGAGUCUAACACCCCCUUGCCAAGAACACCGAGCGCGCAGCAGGAUUUAUCUGUGCAUAGACUCAGUCAACCUACUACUCUUCAGGUUUCUUUGCCUUCUCAGCCUCCAUGUGAGCUUCUCCCACAGCAGUUGCUGCCUCAAGCAACUCUGCAAAAUCAGCCUGCACCUCUGGCACAGUUCUCGGCACAGUUCAGCAUGUUCCAGACCAUCAAGGACCAGCUAGAGCAGCGGACCCGGAUCCUGCAGGCCAACAUCCGAUGGCAGCAGGAGGAGCUCCAGAAGAUACAGGAGCAGCUCUGCCUGGUCCAGGACUCCAGCGUACAGAUGUUCCUACAACAGCCAACAGUGUCCCUGAGCUUUAGCAAUACUCAGCAGCCGGAGCCACAACAGCUACAGCAGAGGUCAGGGGCCAUUUCCCAGCAGCAGCUUGUCCCCAGUCCUCAACUUCAAGGGCAAAUUGCAUCUUCGCAAACAGCGAACCAGCAAGCACUGAGAGAAGCAAGCGUGAUAUCGAGCCAGGGCCCCAAGGCUGCGAGGAGCGCGGAGCUGGCACCCGCCCCCGGCUGCAGCCACGACCAGCAGCUCAGACUGUUGCUCAGCCAGCCUAUUCAGCCCAUGAUGCCUGGAUCCUGUAACGCAAGACACCCUUCAGACCUCAGCAUGGCGGGAUCCCAGACUAAGUAUUCUCAAACCCAACAAAUGUUUCAAAGUUUGGAAGUGCAAACUUCCAGCAGCAGCUCUCCAAUCGUACUGAUGGGACAAGCAGUGUUAAACCAAGGGUUCGCCACUACACCUCCUUCCCAGCCAUCCUCUCUGCCACCUAUGCAACUCCAGCACCAACAGCAUCAGCAACAACGCUACCUGCAGGUGCAAACACCAAGUUCUUUGCACAAUGAGCAACCUGAUUCUUUGCUCCUGCCAUCUUACUCACCACAGCAAGGAAAUAUGGGGUAUCAUCAGACACAGCAGCAGCAGCAGCAGCAACUAACAUCAAGAAGAAGCAAUAGCUUAUCAGAAUCAUCAAAUUUACCACAGCCACUGCGAUAG